UUUACAGGCGGGACCAGUAUCCACGUGAGCCGGCGGAAGGUUGGUGGUGGGACUCGGAGGGUGGCCUGAGGUCCUGGUCCUGGUCCCCGAGUCAUGGCAAAGCUGCUGAAGACGCUCCGUAAUCAUUGGAAGAAAACGGCGCUGGCGGUUUGCGCACUCGGCUGGGGAGUGACCUGGCUGCACGGCCGACACCGAGACAAUCUCUUGCGUAGGGCAGCAUGUCAAGAAGCGCAGGAAUUUGGAAACCAGCUACUGCCUAUCACCGAAAAGGUGAAGAAAGCCACCGUCUUUCUCAAUCCUGCUGCUUGCAAAGGAAAGGCAAGAAAUCUCUUCGAAAAGAAUGCAGCGCCAAUUUUGCACCUUUCUGGGCUUGAUGUAACAGUGGUUAAGACUGAUUAUGAGGGCCAAGCAAAAAAGAUGCUGGAGCUGAUGGAAGACACUGAUAUGAUUGUUGUUGCUGGAGGUGAUGGCACCUUACAAGAGGUAAUAACUGGACUUCUUCGCAGAGAGGAUGAGGCUACCUUUAGCAAGAUCCCCAUAGGAUUCAUUCCAUUGGGAAAGAUGAAUUCCUUGAGCCAGGCACUGUAUCCUACCAGCAAAGAACAGGCCAGACACAUUUUAAACGCCACACUUGCAAUUGUGAAAGGUGAGACUGUUCCCCUGGAUGUGUUGGAAAUAAAGGGUGAUAAAGAUCGUCCAGUGUUUGCAGUGACCGGGUUGCGGUGGGGAGCGUAUAGAGAUGCAGCUUCUAAACUCUCAAAAUAUUGGUAUCUUGGACCUCUCAAAGACAAGGCAUGUCAUCUGUUUAGUAUAUUUAAAACUUGGCCACCAACCCGCCAGGCCUCCAUUGCAUACCUGGGCCCCACAGAGAGACCACCAGAGCAAUCUGACGAGAAUCUCCCACGGCCCAGCCUGUGGCAGCGGGUACUUAAAAGGUUGGAAUUGUACUGGGCAACUCCCAAAGAGGUGACAUUGGACCCAGUGGAACCAGAGCACUGGGAGGAAGUAGAGAAGUCGGCAGUGGAAGUGACCAUCAGUACCCUUAAUAAACAGGCUGACCUCAAGCGUACGGAAGAUGCCAUGAAUAUUUGUAUAGAACCAGACACCAUCAGCAAGAGGCAGUUUGUUACUACAGGGAGUCGGAAGUUGACUGAUCCACUCUCAUGCCCUGAAGGCAGCCAAACUCUCCAAGCCAGUUUAUGUAAAUUACAUCUGCCAAAGGGAACUGAAGGUUUCUUCAGUAUAGAUAAUGAAGACUAUGAAGCUGUCUCUGUGGAUGUGAAAACUGCUUCCAAGAAACUCAAGUUUUUCUGUGACUCCAGCAAAAAACAGCUCUAAUAGAGACCUAUCAGCUGACAUGCUGACUUUUCGCCUUGAUGAAAUUAAUUUCAUGCUCAGCAUCCACUUUUCCAUUCUUGGAUUUUCAAAACAGGAUAAAGUUGGGAGUGCAAAAUGACAACGAUGAUAAAGAAAUGUGCACUCCAUCACUAUCGCGCCAUUCCUUCCCACGACUUAUGCUGCCCAUUAUCAUCUUUUCUAAAGGUGCUGUUGACAUGAAGAUCUGUUUAAUAAGAUUGCAAGGUUUUCCUGUUAAUUUUAACUUGACUCUCAUUCUAUCCCCUGAAAUGUGAGGAUCUCCAGCUUGUUCAGAAACUGACCUGCACCAUGUUGGGAAACAAAUCGAAGCUGGGAUCUGAAAUCUGAAACUCUGAUUCAUCAGUCAUGUGAUGCUGUAUAGGGAGUCGAUCUAUUCACAGGUACUUGUCAAAAGACUGCUUUAGUUCCCAUUCAUGUGAUAGGAAUUUCCAUUUAUAUUGUUGCUUCGGAAUGUCCUGAAGCACUUCAUAGCCAAUAACACAGUUUUGAAAAAUACUCACUUGUCUACAAAAUCAACAGUGGCUAUUAGUUUGCAUAUAUUAAUGUCCCAAAAACUGUAAUGAGAUUAAUGACUGGUCGAUCUUCUUUGGUGGUGCCUUAUUUGAGGCAUCUCAAUGAUGGUUGGGACCUGAGGAGAUUUCAUCGCAUUUUUUAGACCUUUGAUGACCACCUGAACAGCUAAGGAAGCAGCUCAGCAAUACAACAAUGUUCACAUGAAUCAAACUGAAAAACUUUGCAUUUAUGCAACAUGGUGUCAAUUCAUCCUUGCAGUUAAACUCUGGUGCUGGUGAGAGCAGCACUUGGUUUAAAAAGUCAUUUUUAUCUGUGACGUAUUAUUGAUUGUGGUUUAACUGUUUUGCGGCUGAUGAUAUCACUGCAAAUUUUUGUAAAUAAAAUUGCUGAUUUAAUGGUGCACGAGAACAUCUGGAGGUUUGUUUGACCUAUCUGAAUGUUGGUUAGGGAGUAGUUUGUGAUUGAGGUUCAUUGUAAAAUCAGGUACUGUGCCUCUGAAAUUGUCUCUGGUGCAAAAAGUUCCUUGUUGUUGCAGUAACAGAUUGCCCUUCAUUUGCUGCUCUGCCAUGUGCAA